AUGUCAAGUACUAAAAAUUCUAAAGAUAAUACUACUGCUGCUACUACUACUCCGGGACGUUAUUCUUAUUUUUAUAAUAAGAAAAUUAAACAAGCUGAACAAGAUAUUCAAUUUAGAAAACAGUAUGAAACGAUAGGAAAACAGACAUCACAGUUGUUAAAAGGUUUGACAAUUUAUGUUAAUGGACACACUAUUCCUGGUAGACUACAGAUUCAUGAUAUGGUGGUAUUGAAUGGUGGUCGUUUCUUACAUCAUUUAUCCUCAAAGGGUUCUGCAACUCAUAUUAUUGCUAGUUCUUUACCGCCAAAGAAAAGAAUAGAAUUUAAAAAUUAUAAAGUCAUAAAUCCUCAAUGGUUGGUGGAUUGUAUUAAACAACAGAAAAUUGUACCUUGGCAAGAAUAUUCCAUCUUAAAAUCAAAUAUUGAACAGCCAUCAAUUCUGAAAACUUCUUCUGUUGUGACAACACCUGGUAAUAAGACGGGACCACCAGAUUGCAACGAUCCGAAUUUCUUGGUAGAUUAUUUUAAACACUCACGAUUGCAUCAUCUUUCGGAAUGGAAGGCUUCCUUGAGACAGAAAUUCGUAGAAUCGUAUAGAGACAUCCAACCUUUAACACACUCGGAUUCAAGUUAUACUAUAUUACAUAUAGAUUUUGAUUGUUUUUUCGCCACCGUAGCAUAUUUGUUUAGAGAUAAAAGAAAGACUCCAACUUUGGAUUUUGAUAAGGAUCCGAUUGCCGUGUGUCAUGGUGUAAAGAAUUCAGACAUUGCAAGUUGCAACUACGCAGCAAGAAAAUUCGGUCUUAAGAAUGGUAUGUGGGUAGGUACAGCUGAAAAGAUGUUACCAAAUGAUAUUAAGUUGACUACACUUCCUUAUGAUUUUGAACACAUUGAAAAGGGAUCAAAAGUAUUUUAUAGUGUAUUACAAGGUAUCGAACAAUUUUAUUGUGUUCUCCCAGUAUCCAUAGAUGAAGCAAUAUGUGUCAUGGCAAAGGACGCCAUGGAGAAUAAACAAACUUUGCUACAGUUAUGUAAUGCUUUGAGACAGAGGAUUAAACAUGAGACCUCCGGUUGUGUAGUGAGUGUUGGUGUCAGUGAUUCCUUGGUACUGGCUAGACUGGCCUUGAGAACCGCUAAGCCCAAUGGAGUGUUCCUGUUUGAUAAUAACAGCGAGAGUCAAGAUUCAACUGAUGUGAACCAGUUUUGGAGUUCCUUCAAAUUAGACGACUUGCCUGGAGUCGGGAGGUCAACGUUGAAGAAAAUACGUGAUAAAUAUCCAAAGGUGAAGACACUUCACGAUCUGAGACAAUCUUGCCAGAAUGUGGCUUCACUACAGUCUGUUUUGGGUAAUAAACUAGGUGAAAAAGUGUGCCUUGCUCUUAGAGGUAAAGACGAUGAUGAAUCUGCAAGGAUAAUAUAUGAUCCAAUCAAUGUCUUCCAAAGAAAAUCUAUUUCCAUUGAUAUCAAUUGGGGGAUUAGAUUUAAAGACAUGGUGGAGAUAGAUCGAUUCCUAGAUGUUUGUUCAGAUUACCUAGUGAACCAAAAAUUGGCAGAGUACAAUAAGCUCACAUCAUCAAUUACUUUAAAACUGAUGCAACGUUGUGUAGAUGCCCCUAUCGAUCCACCGAAAUAUAUGGGGAUGGGUAGGUGUGACCCAUUUACUACGUCGAGUAGACUUGGUGUACCUACAAAUGAUGACGGAAUUAUAGCUACGGAAUUGAAGCAUAUGUUCAGAACUUUACCGGUGCCACCCGUGGAGUUGAGAGGUGUUUCGAUUCAAUUUAAUAGAUUGGUUGAUGCUAAUGAUGCUGUAGAUCCUAAUGCAAAGGUGGGGCUCUCUUUAUUAUUUCAAAGCGGUCAUGCUAGUUCCACUGCUAUAACUACAACGACACCUCCGACACGUUCGAUAGAAAGUCCACAUGACCGAGGGGAGUCUACCGACCCACAUAGGAGAUAUAAAAGAUUAAAACGAUCCCCUGUGAAAGAAAGACAGGAUCAACUGGAAUCUAACCAACGACAGGCAUAUCAACAACAAUUUUUUCAAGAGUUACCAACACAAAUUAGAAAAGAUGUUCAACAUGAAUUGGAAAUUACUCGAAAAGUCAAAGGUUCUAAAUUACAAAGAAUGAAAGAAAAAUUACAAAAAAGAGAAAAUGCAAUUCAAAAUAUGAAUUCACAUUUUAUGAAUAAUGAUAGUAUAUUUGUGCCAAUAAAAUUCCAGAAGGAGACAAAUUUCGAAAAAAUUUGUUCGAUGGUUAAUGAUUGGGUUAGGGAAACAAUAAAGGAAAAGGGACCUCAUGAAAGAGAUCUUCAAUUUUUCAAGAAAUAUUUAAAUAAACUUUGUGAUUCUGAUAGAGUCCAUUUAGUUCUCAGAUUAGCAGAUAUGGUUUCUGUCACUUUAAAUCUAAUGUCUCAUAAAUAUGGAGAUCGAGAAGGGUUUUUGGAAUGGGAAAUGAUCUUAUUAAAGUUUAUUGUUCCAUUAAUGAACCGGAAUAGACAUACUUUCCAAACAGAAAGAAAAUUGGACAUUGAAUAUGAUAUUUAA